UGGUUUUGUGCCCGGGGAGGUGGAAACCAUGGCUUACGUGUCCUCGACCGUUCUCACUAUUUUCUUCGGUAUCGUCGGCUUGUAUGUGAUCAAGCGUCUGCGAUCCUCGCGUGAUGACCGGCCUCUUCCACCCGGCCCCAAGGGCAUCCCAUUCCUGGGCAAUGUGAACGACAUGCCGAAGCCGGGCGUGCUCGAAUGCCACCACUGGCUCACGCACAAGGAACUGUACGGCCCGCUCAGCUCGGUCACCGUGCUAGGCCAGACCUUCAUCAUCAUCAACUCCGCGCAGCUAGCCUUCGAGCUACUCCGCGACCGGUCGGCGAUCCAUUCCUCGCGACCCAGCCAGGUGUUCAGCUGCGAGAUGAUCGGCUGGCGGAACGCGACGGCCAUGAGUCCGUACUCGGAUGCGUGGAAGAUCCACCGGCGGAACUUCACGAAGAUCGCUAAUACGCACGCUUCCUUGUCUGUGUUUGCGCGCGCGCAAGAGGUUGAGGCUGCGCACUUUCUGCUCAACGUUUUGGAGUCCCCGGAUGAUUUGUUUGACCACAUUCGAAAGGAAGCCGGCAGUGUAAUCUUGAAGAUUACAUACGGGUAUACGACCGAAGCCCACGGUAGGGACCCUCUUGUCGACUUGGCCGGCAAGACUAUGGUGCAGUUUGCCGAAGCCACGGUGCCUGGCCGGUGGACUGUGGAUAUCCUUCCGUUCCUGAAAUAUUUGCCCGAUUGGUGCCCGGGUACUGGAUUCAAGAAAACUGCUCGCCGCAUGGCCCUCGAGCUGAGGCAAUGUACGAACCAGCCUUAUGAAUUCGUCAAGCAGCAGAUGCGGGAGAAGGAGCACAAGACGUCUUUCCUAUCGCAGGCUAUUCGAGAUAUCGGCUCGGAUGCGGAGAUGGAAUUCAUCCACAAGUGGGCCGCGCUUUCCUUGUACCUGGGCGGCGCGGAUACGACCGUCUCAUCGCUGAUGACCUUCUUCUUGGCCAUGGUUGUAUUCCCAGAAGUACAGAAGAAGGCCCAAGAGGAGCUGGACCGUGUCAUCGGAGGCAACCGCCUGCCUGUCGGCGCGGAUCUUGAGAAGUUGCCAUACAUUGAAGCAAUCAUGAAAGAGACUCACCGCUGGCACCCUGUCCUGCCCAUGGGUCUGCCUCACACGAGCAUCGAGGAGGAUGUCUGCCGAGGAUACAGGAUUCCCAAGGGCGCUGUGCUGCUGCCCAACACUUGGUACUUCACUCACGAUCCCGAAGUCUAUCCCGACCCUAUGACUUUCCGGCCGGAACGACACCUCGAGACACCCACUCACAAGGCCGAGCCCGACCCACGCAACUACAUCUUCGGCUAUGGCCGCCGCAUCUGUCCAGGUCGCUUCGUCGCCGAUAACGCGCUGUUCAUUACCAUCGCUCAGUCCCUGGCGGUGUUUAAUAUUGAGAAGAUUGUAGAUGAGAACGGCAAGAUAGUAGAGCCGGAGGUGAAGUUCGAACCUGGCGCGAUUAGUCACCCUCUGCCGUAUCGUACGUCGAUCAAGCCGAGGUCAAAGAUGCAUGAGGACUUGAUCAAGGCGGCUGAGCACGAGUAUCCAUGGGAGCAGAGUGACGCGAAGAAGUUGGAGAAUAUUAAGUGGUAG